AUGCCUGAACAGCGUCCCCUGAACCCGAACAGAUCAGCUGCCAAUGUUCCAUGGCAUGAUGCCGUGGGAAGCUCGUCUGGCCCGCCGGGCACUGCUCACGGCAACGAAAGGACUCCGGACGAGAAGCCCCUGGUGGUUCUUCCACAGCUCUCUAGCGAGGCUACGGUCAUGCUGGAAUUCCUACUCUUGGGACGGCAGAGUAUCCUGAAUAGGGCUGGAAGGACAUCAGUAGACCACGAUACGAGGGGAGGGGAUUGUGCAAGCCUUAAAGUCCCAGGACUAUGGGAUUUGGCUGUGCCGCUCGAAACAGCACGGAGGCUUCUUGCUUUUCACGAAGAAAACCUGGCACGGAUGCACAAUGCGGUUCAUAUGCCGACUUUCCGUCAAGAAUUUGAGUCGGCGCUCAUAGCGGGUUCUCCGUGUGAUCAGCAGUGGCAGACGCUCUAUUAUGCCAUUCUGUGCGUCUCGACUGCUCAUCACGCAGAUGAAGAAGAUCUGCUAGCUCUCGAUCCGUCUAUCAGCCCCUCAGCAGUGCAAGACCUAUACAAUAAAUGUCUCACGACGCUGUUUAAUUCCAAUUUUAUGGCAAUUCAUUCCAUCUCGUCCAUCCAGGCAAUCUGCAUUCUGCUCCAGGUGGCCCAUAAUUUGAACCAAUCUGAUUUCAUAAUGGUGCUCAUGUCGGCCACCAUCCGCAUAGCCCAGUCUCUGAACCUGCAUCGUCUAGGAUCCGAGAAAGCAGAUCAUCGAGAUGUAAGAGAGGAUCCGGCGAGAACCGUGCAGGAUCUCAUUGACCUGGAAGUCAAGAAACGGGUCUGGUGGUUCAUCGUUCGUCAGGACUGGCUGCAAGUUCCUUUCCAGAAUACAUCCGGCUAA